CAAUUUUCCAGUUUAAUGUACAACGCUAACUGUUUACUUCCUUGUUGGGUCAGGGAUAGUUAUGAAAGCAACAGGGUCCACUUGCUGUGCUGUAAAAUGAAGGCAUUCUGGGGCUUUUUUAUUCUGGUGGUCAGUGCCUCUGUCGAUUUAAACAAUAUAACGAUAACGACGCCAUUUACUUCAGUCAGUAGUGAAAAUGACACAGUGGCUCUUAGUACACCAAAUGCUAGUACAACGGACACAAACAGUUCGACUUUGGCUGGGACCACAACCAGUAAUAUAGUGGGAGACUCCUCUGUGACGUCACCAAACACUACGACAACAGAUAGAAAUACAACAAAUAAUGCUGGCAGUACCGCAACCAGAAUAUUGAAAACAGACAACACAAAACGGACCACAGAAAGGACAAGCAUAAUUGUUGAAACCACUUCUAGAGCAGUCCCCAUGGUGUCUCCGUGGAACACACCGGGCUUUAUAGUGGCAGGCGCCGCCGUCUUCCUUGCUGUCAUUUGGAGCUCUUGUCUGUGUUGUUGGUAUAGAAGAAAGUUAUCUCGAGUCAAAUCUCAAUUUGACGCUGAACGUGCGUUAUCAAUGCGUGAAGUUAACGGCAGAAAAAUAUCCGAGGUGAAGUUUUCUGUGGGAAAGGCUGACAAAGAGUUUAGCUCUGUCAGCAGGAAUGUGCACGGUGAAGACGAGGAGCCCGAAGAUCGCACAAGUGAUUUAUAUGACGUCACAGAUCCAGACUAUGAGGACGCUGAUGGAACAAAAUCAAGCAAAGCUAGAGAGCGUAGUGUUGAUGAAGAAGAUAGCGAUUAUGAUCUGUUAAAUGAUGAUGAUAAGAUGAAGAAUCGCGAAAGCGAAUACGCAUGUGCCGAGUUUAAAAAUUCCGUGGAAGACUUGGAUAACGAUACUUACGAUACAACCGAAACGUGUAACAGAAUAAUAUGCAAUAAGAAGCACGAGAAUUGUGGUGGGAAACACUUGGCUGAAAAUCUUUCAAACGUGAACACCAGGGACGAGACUGAACCUCAAAAUCAAACCAAAGAAAUGAAAGCUGACUCAAAAGUAUACGAUCAAGUCAGGGCCGAAGAGAAUCGAGAAGAUAAGAACAAAAACAGUGAAGACCAGGCAACAAUCAAAGAUAUAUUAACGGUCGUAAACAAAACGACAGUCGAAAACAAGACCGCGGCAAUAGACGACAAAACAGAUGAAGACAAGAAAACAGUCGAAAAUAUGACGAAGGUCGAAAACAUGGCAACGGUCGAAAACCAGCCAAUGAUCGAAGGUGAGGCAACGGUUACAAACAAUACACCGAAAGAAGACCAUGCAUCGGUCGAAUCCAAGGCAACAGUCAAUAAGUCAAUGGUAAAAAAUCAGCCAUCAGUCGAAAACCAGGCAGUGGUCAAAUCCAAGUCAACGGUCGAGGAUAAGUCAACGGACAAAAAUAAGGCAUCAGUGGAAAACCAGGCAACGGGCGAAAACAAGGCAACGGGCGAAAACCAGGCAACGGGCGAAAACAAGGCAACGGGCGAAAAUAAAGCAAUGAUCGAAGAUCGGGUAAAAAUUGAAGACGGUGCAUUAGUAGGUGAUGAUAAUGGGAAAAUGGAUAAACCGUGUGAAAAGACAACGAAAUCAGAGAAUGACAACGACACAAAAUGUGUAACUUUGGAGUAUGAAUUAGUUAAAAUUGUUCAAAAACCGAAUGUCACGCAGGAAAAUAAGCAGGGAACGCCUACAUCUGUUUGAAUUCCGGUUGCUGUUGCAUGACUGAAGAAUACUGUGAACGGUUCUGUCAAGAAAAUUAUUAGUGGAAGUUGUAUACUACUAAUACUAUUAUUUAAGAAGAUAAAGUUUUGAUUUGUCAACCCAAGUAUUUGAAUCAGAAGCAGAGUUUAUUAAAUGUCCUCUGAAUAUCCAACAUUUUGUUAAAAAAAAAUCCGUUAUCAUCGGAAUAUUUUUUAACAUUAAUGGUUAAGAAUAAGAUAUGAAACAGUUUGAUUUAACUAUAGUUUACGUCAAUUUAAAAAAUAUAAAAAUACGAUAAUAUCAAGGAAGUCGGUAUCGUUUUAUCUUGUGAGUGGGGUUUUUUUUGGUUACAUAUUUUGAUUAAAUGUAUAUUUCAAGUGCAUGUAUGAUUUGAAGUGUUUUUAUUUAAAUAUUAAGACAAAAAACUGGAAGUAUUGAUACACUACACUUAGUGUUAUUUUCAGUUUAUUGCUUUCGAUUCUUGGUCUUGUGUGGUUAUCGGGUGUAAAAAAGUGCGUGCAAACGAUUCGAGGUUUAUAUUUUAGCUACUUUUAUAAUUCUCCUUCGUAUUUUAAUUUUUUAGACAUUGACUGUAAGGCUAAGCACUUAUUUUUCCCAUGAUAAUACAAGAAUUUUUUUUAGUUAUAAAAACAAAUAAUUGGUAGUUUUUUUUAAAUGUAUUUUUAAGAUUUUUAAACUCCAUUCUAAUAGGAUUUUACUUAAAUUUAUCACUGACACUUGAUUUUCUGGGGCUAACAAGGAAGAUGCAAAUGGUUGGAUAGCAUUUUCUUAGCUAAAAGAUAUAAAAUUGAAAGAAGAGGCCCAUGUGCCACAUUGCUCACCUUAGCAGCAACGCGAAAGGUAAUUCUUGUGACCCCUAAUAUAUUUUCUUAUAUAAAACCCUGAAUCGCAUUUUUAGUCACAUUUCAUCACGAUUUGAACUUAAGAUGAAUUUUUAAUUUUUUGUUUAAUAAUGCUUUAUCAAGAUAUUUUUAAUGUUUAACCGAAAUUUGGAUGUUAGCAGUCGAUUUACAAACGAGAUAUAGUCAUUGCAUUUUUUUUUUUGUAAAUAAAGCUCAUGUGAUGUUUUGCAAGUUUACAUCCGUUGUAUAAUAGUGUAAAAUCGUUUAAAUCAGAUAUCUUUUUCUAUUUGAGGUGAACUAUGCAAAAAAUUUAAGAAUUUCAACUGGGGUUUUCUACAUUUUUUAAAGCGACUUUUCUAUUCAAGAACCUAAAUGUAAACAAAAACAUGGCAUGGGCCUUUUUUACGUAACAAAGAAUUGAAAGCUCUGUAUCCCACUUAAACCCAAUACUUAUUUUUUCCGAAUAAAUCGAUCUCUAAUCCCUGUACAUGUAGAACUUAGCAUCUCUCGAAUGGCCAUUCGGUCCUACAAUAGGUAUGGAGAUCCCAUAGCAGUUUUGAAAAAAAAAAAAUCAGUAUACGCUGUAUCGAGGUGCUUGAAUUGUAAUGCUACUGACGAAUUGUAACAAUGUAAUAGUUAAUUAAUUUAAGACUUGAAAACUGUUUGAUCAUAAUCAUAUUACAUAAAUAAACAUUAAAUCAUUUCUGUAGUUUUCUUAUUGGGCCAAGGGUCACUAAAAUGUACAUAAUAUUGGUUUCUUGCUAAGUAAAAUCAAUUAGCCGAUUUUCCUCACGGUAGAAAUUGCACAACAAUUUUGCAUCCAGUGUCAAUUGACAAUUAUGUGGUGUCGAGCUAUAAAGCUGUACGUGUAGGUUAAGUUUCAUUGAAAUCGUACACCAUAACUCUGAAAGCAAAGAAUCUGGGGGAAUAAGCCGAGGCAAAAAACCACAUAGGUCCAUUAAAAAAACUAACAUUUUUUCUAACAAAUUUCACUUUUGUUACAUUUAUUAAACAUAUGUAAACAUAUACAUUCAGUGCUGCCAUAACCCACAAAAAGUAACUUCACAUUUAAUUGUUUUUAAGACAACAAAGUAGUUAUAUGCUAAUUUGGCAACAAAAUGAUAUAGGAAUCGGAUGUUCAAAUUAUAUUUUUUCAUAGAGUGGGUCAUCGUACCAUUUUUUAAAGAACGAAUAUUAAUAUUGAUAAGUAACACAUAUUAACGUCUAUCUUUUUCGAUUUUCCAAAAAAUGGUACGAAAACCCACUCUAUGGUAAAAAGUAAGUUUUCUUCUUUUAAUUUUUAAGAUUGGUUUUUAAAUGGCUAAGUCCAGUUGUUUGCAUAAUACUGAUAACAAUACAAUCAGCUAUAUUAUACCCUCUAAACAAGCGAAUCGGUGGUGUAGUGGUAAGCGAGGAGUUCUUUGAACAAAUGUCAGUGUAAAAAGCGGGUGUUCGAAUCAUACGCGGCUUUUUUUUGUUUAUCUUUUUGUUUACAUUCUUAAAAUGUAAUUUUCUUUUUAUACUUAAUAAUAUACAUUGUUAAAAUGUAUUUUUCUUUUCUUUUCUUAAUAAUUACAAAUUUGCUAAUGAUAACUUGAAAUUAUUUGAAAUGCGUUUUCUACUACUUUUAUAAAAUAUGAAAUGUAUGUUAUUCUCUGAAAGAUUGCACGAUUUCAUAUUGUAAACAGAUGGUUGUUGUGCAUGCAAGAAACUAUUAAACGGCAAGAUAAAACGUUCCAUCUCUGAAU